UAUAUAGUAAUCGGAUUUAAUCUCUGACUGACUGUCUGUCCAACCGAUCGAUUGAUGAUCCGAUAGAUUAGACGACUCGCAUAUAAUCUUAAUGGCCGACAGUCUGGUUGUGUCGCGCGAUAUGUUUGAAGACGUACGCGAAGAAAAUCGUCGUCUUAGGCAUCAGUUGUCAGUUGAACGACAACUGAACGAAGUGUUGGAUCAAAUCCGACGUUUUUCGAUGGAUCUGAAGUCGCGCUGUCAGUGCCGACAAGUCCAGGAUAUUGGCGCCCAACUCAACCAAUUGGACUUGAAAUACAAGACACUGAAGGACGGCUACGAACAGUCGCUUCGGCAAAAUAACUAUCACACGGACAGUGGCAACGACCGUCAUCGAGUCCGACCCGAAGAUUGUCUACAGAUGACACUACACGAGGACACCAGUGCCGAGACGUCGCCGCAGAUGGCAUCGCACGAAACGCAAACUCAUCAGAUGAUUGCCGACGCCGUACACCGGUCUCAGACAUCGCACGCCGGAAACACUGUUGCCGUUAGCGGCAGUGGUGGCGGCCAGUCGUCGACGUCAAGUGGCGGCAAUGGUGUGCUGGUCAAGUGUUUAGUCAAUGGCUGUCCGUUUAGUUCCGAUAUCAGUACCACUUGCGUCAAACACAUGCAAACUGCACACUCGUUGACACCGUACGAGUGCCGUUAUCCGAGUUGCGGUCAACUGGUACUAAGUAAACAGGAAUUGGAUGGCCAUAUGAAUGCCGCACACUUUAAGAAACAAUUUAUCUGCAACUCUAUCGGCUGCGGCAAAGAGUUCAAGAGUUUAUGGAAUCUGAAUAUGCAUUUGAUGACACAUUCGGGCGAAAAACGAUUCAAAUGUUCGGUCGAUGGUUGCGGCUAUCAGGCCAUUCAAAAGCGACAUUUGGUCGCCCAUAUGUACAAACACUACGGCCUAAAACCGUUUCAGUGUAAGUACGACGCAUGUGGCAAAUGUUUUUCAACGCUCGGUUCGUUGCGGACACACGAAUCUGAAUUGCAUCCGUCAAACGAAACCCGUUUCGUUUGUGACAUCUGUAACAAAGUAUUGAAAACCCAGCGCUAUCUUCUGCAGCACAAGAAACAACAUUUUACUCCAGAAAAGCCGGGCGGCGGCCAUCACCGGCAGCAUCGGGUGCUUAACUAUACGUCCAGAUGAUAUAGAGUGAAAUCAUAAUUUGUUGGUUAAUUGGAUCUACUGGUAUCUACAGUGUUGUGUUUGUGUGUGUGUGUGGUAACUGCUAUUUGAAACUGCCAUAUAUUGUCGGACAACAUAAAACAGUUUAGUGCUCUGAUCUCUCUCUGAAGUUUUUUUUGUGGAUCACUUUCGGUGAUGAUCUUAGACUUGUAACGACCCAUAACGACCUUAUUUUUUUAAUUUUAUCUGAUUAUUGAUCAAAUCAAGUCAUUAAUUAUUAAUUACCGAAUAAAAGUUGAUUAGUGUUUUUUAAAUAUUCAGUAAUAUUAUUAUUA